AUGAACAAUCCUAGAAGUCAUUCUCGUUCAGGAUCUCGAAACAACGAGCUCGGCCAUAGUAUGAAAUCAAAAUCCCAGCCCAAUAAGGUUACUUUUGAAUGCUCCGGCACUUCGUUUACUGUUGAUUCCCAUUACCAAUUCAUCAAACAAAUUGGUCAUGGAGCCUAUGGUGUUGUCAUAAGUGCCUUAGACCGUCGAACCAACACCAAAGUCGCAAUUAAAAAAAUCCCCAAAGCCUUCGAAGACCUAAUUGACGCUAAACGAAUCCUCCGAGAAAUCAAGCUGCUCAGCUUUUUUGAUCAUGAGAACAUUAUUUCUCUACUCGACGUUCAAAGACCUCCAGCACGAACUGGUAUAUAUAAAAAUUUCUAUAAGAAUUUUUCUCAUUAUAAACUAUUUCUUAUAUGAAAAAGUACUGCAAAAUUUUAUGUUUGCCCAUCACGAACUGGCUAUGACGAUAUUUAUAUUAUUACAGAUUUGAUGGAAACCGACCUUCACCGUGUGAUUUACUCAAUGCAAGAACUCACUGAUGAGCACAUUCAAUAUUUCAUGUACCAAGUAUUAAGAGGCCUACUUUAUAUGCAUUCUGGCGACGUCAUUCACAGAGAUCUGAAGCCCAGCAACUUAUUAUUGAAUAAAAAUUGUGAUUUAAAGAUAUGUGAUUUAGGCCUCGCAAGAGGCUAUGAUAAUGAAAGAGACGAUAAUCUGACUGAAUAUGUCGUCACAAGGUGGUAUCGUGCUCCAGAAGUUAUUUUAAAUGCAAGUCAUUAUACGAAAGCGCUUGAUAUAUGAAGUGUUGGCUGUGUCUUUGCAGAACUGCUAGGAAGGUCGCCGCUGUUCCCUGGAGAAGAUUACUUGGACCAAGUCCAAAGAAUUAUAGCUGUCUUAGGAAUUCCUAGCCAAGAAGAUAUGGCAUUUAUAGGCAAUGAGUCUGCAAAGAGGUUCAUUAAAGGGCUACCAAAGAGGCAAAGAGUGCCAUGGUCGACGCUAUAUGCAAAGGCAAAUCCUAUCGCAUUGGAUUUGCUUAACAAAAUGCUCGUUUUUAACCCGAAUAAAAGAUUUACAGUCGAAGAAUGCCUUGCGCAUCCUUAUUUUGAAGGUCUUCAUAAUGCUGAAGAGGAGCCAACAGCCCCGUCUCCAUUUGACUGGUCGUUUGAUGAUUUUACUCCAACUAAGCCUUUAUUGCAAAGUAUGGUGUAUGAGGAGUCUUUGAAGUUUCAUCCUCUGUAG